UGUAUAUUGAUUUAGAAAGCCACGUUAGCUUCCUGUAGAUCAGCAGCAAGGAAUAGAAAACUGUGAAUACUCUCAACCGUGCACGCGCUCCAGAAUUGGCACCGGGAGCAGUCGCCGAGAAUCAGUCGAUAAAAGCUCCGGCAUCAUAAAGCAGUUGCCGGAGCUGAAAACCAUUUGCAAGCACGACAGAUGCUGAUCACCUGGUGUGCUACCUUGUGUGUACGCUAUUAACUCUCCAGUCUCCAGCAUUCGUGGUUCAGCAGAAGCACGUCCCCUGCCUCCGUGAUCUCUAUCUUCCUGGGAUCUUGUUGGUGUGUGCUUUUAACACCCACACAUACUGCAGUUGUUGUGCUUUAUACUUUCAGUUCAUUAAAUUGUGUCUUUCAGUCGCAGCCACUAGCCUUGCCCUUGAGCUCGUCAACAACGUAAUUUUUCGGUCUAAUUUAACGCACCGAUAAUUUCUUCGAAGCCUUUCUUAGCUGCGAUGUGAAUCUUGGAUACUCUGCAUGUAAGGCGACCAGUUUUUAGGAUUUCGGGCGCUCGUCGAUAAAAGGCAGCUAAAACUUUAUCUGGAAACUGGCCUCAACAAAAUAAAGUAGCAUGAGCCGAAAGGCGAACACUGUUUUGCCGGAAGCGCUGACGAAAGGGGAUUACUUCCGUACCCGUGCCCCCUCGCGGUCUCCCAGCCGACGUCCUCCCAGAAAGGGUGCCAUGAAGAAUGAACUUACUAAUGGACAAGCCAAAUCGCCUAGCACAGAAACCCGGUUACCGCAAAUCGCCGGAACUGGUUCGGGCUCGGACAAAAGUGAUCGAACGCUGAAUAGUGCUGACCCGAUGGUCGGUGAAGUUACCGUGGCCUUUAUUGAUUAUCGGAAAGACAGCAUUACCGCAAAGCGCAAUACAAAUGCUGAUCCAUUACACAAUGUCAAAGUUAUUCAGUAUAUUGGUCAAGGGAAGGGCGCCAGUCGGAACACCCAUGAAUUCUGGAUGCAAAGCGAAACUGCAGCCAAAUUCCCGGUUAAUCAGCAAUCCAUCAGCUCAAGAUUUCCGCUCAAUUUUGGUUUUUAUCUCGACGGGCAGUUCUUUCAUCGGCUUAACGUUUGCUGCUUAAACAAGCUGCGAACUAACCACUCCAUGAUUGGAACGAAGGCCGUUCACUUCAAAGUCGUUGACUGUACCAACGUGGUACUGUGCUUUCGAUGUAAAGGUCACGAGUUUAUGCUGCAGUCAUUUAAGAAGGGUUCGAACCAGACAAGAAGUGCCAGUGUUCCGCGUCGAUUUUCGGAAAAGCCGCAGAUGUUGCCGUCACCAAGUGGUGACAGUACUGGACCAGAUGAUCAAAGAAACAGUCGAAAUAAUGGUACGGCCAACAUUCUACGAAGCCGAUCAAUAUCACGGCCACGCAGACGCGAUCAGUCUCCGGCACCGCUCCAGAGAACAAACACUAAGACCUUAGGAAAAACAGUUGCGGGGGCAGCCGCGAUAAAUGGCGUCGUGAUGCCUGUCGUGAAUGGAGUACGCGGUAUCAAUGGACCAAACGAAAAUGGUGGACAAGAAUCCAGCUCCGGCCGGUUAAGUCGGGGCGAAGAAGCCCUGGAAAAGGCUUUAGAGAAUUAUUGUGAAGACCGCAUGAGCCCUAGUCCCGAUGUUGAGGAAAGCGCAACACAAGUGCGCGAAGCAGAACCGGAAGAGCCGAAUACCGCUGGAAUGGAUUCCCAUGGAGAUUCAAAAUAUCCGCGAUUUGUUCCACCAGUUGACGACGAGAUGGAAGGUUCAAAUAAAAACGCAGAACAGGUUACGACCGUUCGAGACGAUGGGGAACAACCGACUGCGGAAGAGACACCCACGGUUGUGCGCCCGGCUAGUGGAAAUGAGGAAACACGUACCACCGUUCGCGAAGACCAGGCUGCAGCCGCAGACGCCGAGAAUAACGAUGCGACAAAAACCGUGGUUGCCGACGACAAUGGCAACAAUGACACACCGACAGUCAUUCGGGAUGCCGAACAAGAAGAAGGACCAUACGCUAGUAUGAUCGCCGCGGAUGACAGUGAAACGACAACUGUUGUCAAAGACGACACUGACGUAGACUCGGCCCCGAUGGUCGUUCGCGAUGUAGAACCGAACAACGAAACUACUUCAGGUAAUGCGGAAGCGGAAACCCGUACAGAAGUACGGGAUGACACUUCAAGUACACAAGCCACAGAGCCCGCUGAAGUCUCUGGUGGAACAGAAGUGGACACCCGUACCGAAGUGCGGGACGAUACUACGAAUAUCGUACAAGCCACUCAACCAGCCCUCAUCCGCAAUGUAGAUAAUGCUGAGGAUAUGAUAGAAUUAGGUCAUCGACGACCGUCUGUGAUAAGCGACAGUGACGAAGUCACCGGUCAGAAAGCACGCCGCGGCAGCAACACCAGCUACAUGACGGAAACAGGGGAUGCCGAUGAGGUCACUGGUCAGAUGCCAGCCGAAGCUAUUUAUCACGACAGUAAGCACCAUCCUCAGUCGUGGUACAUGAAAAGAGAUGAAAAAGAUGAGACGCAGACACAAGUGCGCGAUGCCAUUGAAGUUGAUCCCGCCUUGCCCAGCCUCGCCAAGGAGGAUCCGGUGGCCUUUGCGUGGCCGGGAACGGAACCGGGAAAAGAAACCAUGGUAAGAGAAGACAAAGAUGAAGAUGUGGCCACAGAAAAGAAUUUCGAAUGGCCGGAUGCUUCACAGCGCAGCGGCAAAGGCGGUAAACAAAGGCAGAUUAGCGUGGAUAUCGUGGAUGAAGCGCCUGAUAGCAGCCGAACAGCAACCAAAACCCAAGUACGAGAUGACAGGAAAGAUUCCGUAAAGAAGACCUCUAAACAAGGAAGCCAAGAAUCCUCCACCGAUUUUGAUCCUGGUCGACGGCCUUCUACGCCGCACAAUGCCGAAGAGAUGAUCGAGCAGUUGGGAUAUGUAGAUGAAGACAGACGAGAAUCCACCGUUUCACUGGUGAACGCGCCUCUGUUGCUGCGUAGCGCUACCAUCGAGUCUGCAGGUUCCGGUGGCGAAGAGUUAACCGAGUCAGCACGCGCAGCUCGUCGCGAGCGCCGUGCACAAAUGAAACCGCCGCCAUCGCCACACAGUGCCGAAGAAUUUAUCGAUCAGCUGGGCUACGAUACAAACGAACCGGAUCCGCUAAAACCAGAAAUAGUGAAGUAAGGCAACCGAUGGUCCGACACCCGACACAAUCACCGGAAGUGACUCCGCAACCGCAGAUCACCUUGCGUAUGCCGGCACGAGCUUUACUGGCAUACCCUCUAAGCAGUUGUUUCUCAUCAACCUGUGCGCUUUGCUGCUCUCACGCAACAUCAGCAUUAUGUAUUGCUCGUUAUCUUAAGAGCCAUGCGCAUUUCCAGUGAAAAUUCAGCACAAGAUGCACCAUUUUAGUGUCCUGGAUGAUGUUCGCUUGCGCUGCGUCAUUGGUUUUCUUCGGCCGUCUUUAAAUUUGCUGCGCAUGUCUCCCCAGAAUGCUUUAGCACACACUUGUGUGCCGUUUUGAUUUGCCGCCCUCGCAUUCGUCCAUUGCCGAUCCACUUACGUAUGCCGCCCACGGAAGCUUUAACAUAAUAAUAAUAAUAUAGAACGAGAUUAUUUGCUACUGAUUUAUGUAUUUACGUAUCAGUUGAUGUGAUUUCUGAUUACGUACACUAUUUUCAAUACUGUAUGAUCCUUUUUACCUUUGGCAUUUGUGUCCCUUUCCUUGGUUUUGUGGCCAAAAAUUGUUUCAACCACGUCACGCAAUGUGUAUUACUUGUCUUGCAGCAUUAAUUCGCGCCGGUAGUGACGGAAGCAAAAUACUCAAGUUUAUAUACCAGUGUACAGAUACUCUGUAGACAAAACUAUCUGUUUACAGAUUACUGGAUCAGAUCAUCCCACAUUACUGAAAUGAUAUUGCGUGCAUAUGCAUGAUGACACGCGUAAUUGUUACUGGGGAUGUUCUUCUCUGAAGACUGCGCAAAAAUAAGCGUGCGUUUUCCAAGAGUGAAAAUCAGCUAACAAUA